AUGGUCGCGGACGACUUGAAUGAAGGCUGCAAUAUUGAUGACUUCCAGGACCUCGAUAAUAUGAAUGAUAUUUCGGUUGCAGGGCUGCUCGACGCCUAUUCUCUAGCUGACCAUUACAACCCGCUCGAGCUCUCUCAGACAUCAGGCAUUCUCCGACAGUUUCUGGUUCCGGAAGACAGCUUGCUUGGAUGUUCUGCGAGCCAAAGUGCCACACGGUGUGGCCCACACCCCCUUCAGAGGGCCUCCCGGCGCACCGCGAUUCAGCCGUUUAUGAGAGAGGACGCGUCGGCUAUGGAGAGAAGAUUCCGCCUACAUCGUCGACCUCCCCUAGUGAUACGAGCGGCUGAUGGGUCACAAUCUUUCGGUAUAUUGAUUGCGGAUGGCCUGGAUCUACUCAUGAUUCGAGGGUAUUUACGAAUAGCUCUUUGCCAAAACGGUUGCAGCAACUAUCACCGUACUAGGAGUUACAUACUAACCUCUUACAAGAAUAACCACAAACCGCCGCUGAACCAAGUGCAAAGUCAAUAUCGAGACUGUCUGUGCGCCGCAAGAGUCAUCAUCGAGCAGGCCUUUGGGUGGCUAAAGAUGAGGGCGCACUAUAGAGAGACUUGUGGAGAAGCGCGCGCCCAGGGUCUCUGGUGGUGCAGAAUAAGCUCGGCCCACCUCAGAAUUUACAGAAGCCUAACCAAGAAGUACGUCUCUAUUCCUACCUGCUAUGUUGACGACGUCUGCCUUCUCGUUCCUGCGACCUUGGCACCUUUUCUAACGGCAGUAUACGCCUUGAUUAUCAAGUCCCUCGGCUUUGAGGUUGCCUGGCACAAACUUACUAUGGCUUCAAGUGAUCCCACCGUUCUGGGGUUCACCUUCCAUGUCGACAAGUCCCCAACGACUCAGGCACCUGCCGGGUGCGCUGCGAACACAAGCUGA